AUGGAGGUUGUUAUCCGUGUAUGGUGGUUCAUAUUUGUAAUGACGCAGUCGGCAUCUUGUGAUAUCGAAAACCAUUUUAUCCGGGAAUACUCUCCACAGUUAGGACAGUUUAUCGAUGACGUCAUACAAUGUAAGAAUAUUCCUGGACUUUCACUGGCGAUUGUUCAAGACGGGCAGGUUGUUAUGUCAGCUGGCUACGGAAAAAGAGACCUGGAACACCAACUCCCCGUCGAUGAGAACACUGUGUUUCCCAUCGGUUCUCUGUCAAAAGUGUUUACGGCAGUGACCCUGGCGAACAUUCUGGUGGAUUUAACGGAUCUGGAGUGGGACACCCCGCUGCACAAUCGUCUUGGCGACAGUUUCCAGUUGCCGGGAAACUUCCGAACCGAUGAAGUAUGUCUCAGAGAUCUUAUGGCUCAUAAGGUCGGGUUAGAAGAGAGUUUUCUGUUGUUGGUGAUGGAUACCAACAUGACAAAACAAGAAUACGUACGUCGGUUGCAGUAUUUCGAUGAACAAUAUCCGUUUCGAAGUCGAUUUCAUUACAGUAAUGCAAUGUACACGUUAGCUGGUCACGUGGCUGAAAUCGUCACCGGUGACAGCUAUGAGAACCUUGUUAGAGACAAAACAUUGCGGCCAUGCUCAAUGAAAAAUAGCGGGUUUGCUGCGGAGAUAUCGGAGGAUACAAACAAUUUUGCUGUUUCCUAUUUGUGGAACUCUACUUCUGGGAAAUAUAUUUCUUUGCCAAAAGAUCUUUUCAGGAUCGUGGGUCUACAUUCUCCGGCGGGGGGCCUGGUAUCCAACGCAGUUGAUAUGGCUCAAUUUAUGCUACGUUUUCUGAACACCACAAUGGACAGCAAUGCAAAGGAGGCGUACAAGGAGAUUGUCUCACCACAGUUUGCAUUGAAUGGAUACAGCAAGCAGACCAGGAAGUUCUUUCCGGUCGCUGACGUCGAAACAGAUUACGCCAUGGGCUUAAAGAAUGGCAUUUAUCGAGGGUAUUCAAGGUUGUCACACUCUGGGUGGUUUGCGGGUUUCAACUCGCUAUUGUGGUUUUAUCCUCAUAAGUCCACCGGAAUCUUCACUGCUAUCAACGGACCAUAUACAUCGGAGGCGGAUGGCGCCCUCAAGCGAAUCCAUGCAUACGCCACUGAUCUGCUCAUGGGGGAAGAGCCGUGGAUGAAUUCGUCAACUGCGUGCAGCUAUCCGUUGCCAUGGCGACCCACGCCGGUCAAAAGCACGGACACUAAACAAGAAUUCGUGAUAGAUACUGAGGACGAUGAGAAAAUGUAUCUUUUGGACUACGUUGGGUCUUAUCUUCAUCCGGGGUUUGGACAUUUGAGUAUUUAUAUGGGCGAGGAUCUAAGUCUGCGCUUUACAUACGGGAACUUUGGUCGGGGGACGCUUAGCGUCACACCACUCAGGGACGUCUUUGAAAUCACCAUAGAAUCGCCGAUUUGGUAUUUAUCUGCGGGUGUUAAAAUCGUAUUUCUAAGAGCGAACACAGCGGAAGUUGAGAAAGUCCAGUUUCCGGUGGAAGACGCAUGUGGUUUCAAACAAUAUUAUUACAAAACAUGUUUUCGUCGAGAACACAAGUCAAUUUUAACCACAAGAGGAUACGAUCAGCGGCAUUUACCUGCAUACGAAAAAAAAGUCAUAGGACCGGGGGCCGCGUUAAAUGCGAUUUUAAAUCUCGGAACUCGAUCUGUCACCAUGCGACCCAACAACCACUACGCCAAAAACGGUGAUCAGUUGUGGACUCUUUCCCUGAUCACCAUUUUAUGUACUUAG